CCUGGACUUCGACCAGUGUGGUUAUGCUGCCUGCGAUUAGUGCCUGCUACUUGACUGUGCUUCUUGGUGUGCCCGUGUUGUGCUACUGUACCUGUGCUGUGAUUCUCCGUGUAUCGUAUUUGUACCUGUGUGUGUGUUCGUGUGCUGCGCUUGUGCCUGUUCGUGAGUGUAGCCUCGUAGCCUGCUUCGGCUUCGACUUCGGCUAUGCCGAAGCGUGGUAGAAGGAGGAGUAGGAAGCCAGACUCGGUAGGAUCGAGCUCCGAUUCGGCCGAGUCCAAGCGCUCGAGGAGCGUGGUUUCUUCCUCUUCGGAGGAAUCUGACGAUACGAUGAGCGUGGACAGUACGGAGUCACGUUCAUCCACCAGCGUGCAGGAGGAUAACCUGUCACAAUUUGUCACCGUAAACCGGCGACAACGGAAGACAGUCCCGACAACGAAGCCUUCCACAACACCAGCUACGCCCGCUGUUCCUGCAGGGCGUACAUCGGCUCCGGCUCCCGUAUCGGCGGCAAAAAUGCCUCCGAUCACGGUGAAGUCACUCCCAGUAGCUGUCCUGCGUCCGGAACUGCAGGCUCGUGGAAUCACACCAGAGUUCCGUAUCUCCGGCGUAGCACCGAGAUACAACCUUGCGAAGCGACUGCAGGACAUCAAGAACGCUCCAGACACACCAGCUACAACACCAACCACAACUCCAGCCACAACUUCAUCGGAAGACCUGUUUAGCCCGGAAGAGCUAUUCGCUAUAUUUAGCAGAAUGCUCCCGAAGAUCCGCCUUUGCCGCAACAAGGGAGAACAAAUCGCCGUUAUCGGAGAACUAUUGAUGCUCCUUCACUGACCGGGCGCUGCGAGUCAUCACAUGGAA